UUUCACAAGGGCAAACCCAAAAAGAAAAAACUACUACUUCUUCUCAAUUAUCUAUAUUUGACAAAACUUUCCUAGAAGAAAAAGAAUGGAAGCAUUGAGGAGAUUGGCUUCGGAAAAGCCAGUAGUGAUCUUUAGCAAGAGCAAUUGUUGCAUUUCCCAUUCCAUUCAAAUGCUGAUUUCCAGCUUCGGCGCGAAUCCGAUGGUUUAUAAUCUUGAUGAGCAUCCACAAGGGAGGCAAGUUGAGAAUGCAUUGCUUGCAUUAGGCUGCAGCCCAACUGUACCCGCAAUCUUCAUUGGAAAGUUGUUUGUUGGUGGCGCCAAUGAAGUUAUGAGCCUUAAUGUUCAAGGGAAGUUGAAGCCAUUACUCAUCAAUGCUAAUGCUAUCUGGAUGUGAUCAUCUCUUCAUCAUCACAUAUCUUUGAGCUGAUUUCAAAUCAAUUGUUUUUGUUUAUCUUCUUAGUUUCUUUCUUUUCUGAAAACCACUUUGAGGUGGUAAUUACGAAUAGGUUGAAUGGUUUGAGUCUUCUUUUUCUGAUCUUUACAUCAAUGUGUAAGUAGGAUAGUUACUUUUGCAAGUUUUGACUUAUAUUGUUAUUACAUAUGAUCAGCUUAUAGUUUUCGAGUGACGUAAGUCUUCUUUGGUGAAAAUCACACUUAUGGUCUUUGCUUUGACUGCAGACUUUACUUUUUUGCCAAGAAAUAUCUUUUCUGUGCAAAAUCACGAGACGUACUCAGGAGACACAUAUUGGGUUCUUUACCCUAAUACUUCCUUUGUCCAAUAAUUAUUAUCCAGUUUGGACUUUCAUUUUUAAUUCAAUCCCUUUUACCAUAUUAAAGCAGAAUACAAGAUGU